AAACUUUUUGGCUUUGCAUCUUUGGAGGGCCGGUGCUGCUUCGUGCCGGAAGCUCUUCGCCGUUCGUUGUCGUGUUCAUUUCCGGUCGACUGCAAAAGUUUGAUCCUGGAGUUUGCGCUCCGCAUCGGAACUACGAAAACCUAAACUCAAUCAAAUCUACAAAGACAACGAAACAGACAACAAAAUUGAAUAACAAUGGGGGUCGACGACAUUCCAUUGGACGACAAGGCGAAGAGAAUGAGAGAUCUACUGUCAAGUUUCUACUCUCCGGAUUCUUCAAUAGCGCCCUCUUCCAACUCCCCGACGUUAGACGCCAUCAACACUCCUUCCUUCGAUCCAGACCAGUACAUGAAUCUCCUGGUGCAGAAGUCAAAUUUGGAGGAACUUCUUCAGGGACAUGUUGCAAUGGCAGCUGAAAUAAAAAAUCUUGACACUGACUUGCAAAUGUUGGUAUACGAAAAUUAUAACAAAUUUAUCAGUGCUACAGACACAAUUAAAAGAAUGAAAAGUAAUAUUGUAGGCAUGGAAGUAAAUAUGGAACAACUCCUCGAGAAGAUAAUGUCUGUUCAAUCUAGAAGUGAUGGGGUCAAUACUUCUCUUUUUGAAAAGAGAGAACAUAUAGAGAAAUUGCAUCGCACACGUAAUCUUCUUCGUAAAGUUCAGUUCAUAUAUGAUCUACCUGCUAGACUUGCAAAGUGUAUCAAAUCAGAAGCUUAUGCUGAUGCAGUCCAGUUUUAUACUGGUGCCAUGCCAAUUUUUAAGGCAUACGGGGACUCAUCUUUCCAGGAUUGUAAGAAAGCAUCUGAAGAAGCUGUGGAAGUAAUUAUUAAAAACUUGCAGGAAAAGCUAUUUUCAGAUUCUGAAUCCACUCAAGUCAGGGCUGAUGCUGCAAUGCUUCUUAAGCAGUUAAAUUUCCCAGUGGACAGCUUGAAAGAGAAACUACUUGAAAAUUUAGAACAAUUCAUUGUAGACCUUCAGCUUGAAGCUAAGGAAAUAAACAAUGCUUCAGUGGAUUCUGAUGAAGCUUCUAAACAAAAAAAUGUUCCCAAUUCUGAUUCUACUAUUACUCAUGAGGCUUCCAUUCAUGAGUUUCUAGAGGCUGUCCGUGCUUAUCGAGUAAUAUUCCCUGACUCCGAAAAGCAACUAAUCAAACUUUCACGAGACCUGGUUAGCAGGCACUUUGAUUAUGUUCAUCAACACAUAAAGAAACGAAUAUGUGCUGCAGAUUUAGUGGGAAUGCUUCGAAAUAUUUGGACAGAUUUGAUUCACAUUGAUGAAGUAUUACCUGAGGCUGCGCUCCUUGAUUUUACUUUAGAGGUUGCCCGUGUUGCUGUCAAACAAUAUGUAGCUAGCACGUUCUCUCAUCUUCUGCUUCACAUCUCAGGUUCAAUUAAUAAAGUCCAAACUAGACAGAAGGAUAGCAUAAAAGAGGAGUUGCAAGUUGCCUUGGAAGCUAGUAAAAAAGCUGUUAUUCAAGGCAGCAUGGAUGUGUUAUUGGACUUUCGACAGCUUCUUGAUGACAAUUUAGAGCUACUUGUGAAAAUGAGGGACUUAAUUAUUGAUUGGGUUCAAGAAGGAUUUCAAGACUUCUUCAGAUCCCUUUAUGAUCAUUUCCUCUUGCUAUCGGGGAAAAAUAAUUCAAACAAUCAAGAUCAUCUCCCGACAGACCUAACACAAGGAGACAAAGUUGCUGCAGGGAUUGUUCUUGUUUUGGCUCAACUUUCUGUUUUCAUUGAACAAAGCGCCAUUCCAAGAAUUACAGAGGAAGUGGCCGCUUCUUUUUCUGGGGGUGGUGUUCGAGGCUAUGAAUAUGGGCCUGCCUUUGUUCCUGGGGAAAUCUGUCGAAUAUUUCGGUCAGCCGGUGAAAAAUUUCUGCACCUAUAUAUAAAGAUGAAAACUCAAAAAAUAUCAAUUCUUCUAAGAAAGAGGUUUACGGCACCAAAUUGGGUCAAGCACAAAGAGCCAAGAGAAGUUCAUAUGUUUGUUGAUUUAUUUUUCCAAGAGUUGGAGAUCAUUGGAACUGAAGUUAAGCAGAUUUUACCUCAAGGAAUACACCGUAAACAUCGUCGGUCUGAUAGCAAUGGAAGCACAACCUCUUCACGCAGCAACCCAUUGCGCGAUGAUAAAAGUGCCCGGUUAAAUAGCCAAAGGGCCAGAAGCCAGCUUCUGGAAACCCAUUUAGCAAAAUUGUUUAAACAAAAAAUGGAAAUUUUUACAAAAAUUGAAGCCACACAGGAAUCAGUUACAACUACUGUAGUUAAACUUUGCCUCAAGAGCUUACAAGAAUUUGUCCGACUUCAGACAUUUAACAGGAGUGGAUUCCAGCAGAUUCAGUUGGAUGUUCACUUCCUGAGGACUGCUUUAAAGGAAACUGUCGAAGAUGAAGCUGCUGUUGACUUCCUGCUUGAUGAGGUGAUUGUUGCUGCUGCCGAACGUUGUCUUGACCCAAUUCCUCUGGAGGCCCCUAUAUUGGAGAAACUUAUGCAAGCAAAGUUAUCAAAGACCCAGGAGCAGAACUCAAUUUCUUCAAGUCAUGGAAGGUAAAAAUUGCUAAUAUUAAUGAUCUUUUUCAUCACAUAACUGAUUAUCUCCCACAGACCAUUGUCUGAUUGUAUGGCUGUGGCAAGUGUUAGUUGCGAAAUUAGUUGAGAAAUAGCAGAGAUUGUCAAAUUUGUUUAUACUACGCUACUCCAGUGUAGUGUUUUAGGUCCAGAAUUGGGGGAUUCAGAGAGUCCCUGAUCCCCAGACUCACAAAAAUAUAAUGAUAUUGAAAGCGUCAAUCUGUACACAUUUUUAUUUUUCUGAGUGAUAGAUUGUGAGCUUUUAACCUCUUGUUUCAGUAUGUAUGAAUUGUUCUAGUAUUGGAAUUUUGGGAAUUUCGAUCCA